CGCGACUGGCUCCUCUGGUGAAAACAAUAGCUAGGGUUCCCUCACCGGCCGCCGCCGCCACAGGUGUCACACACGCUGCCUGCCAGUGCCCUCCCCGGCCGCCGUCGUCCGUCUCACCGCCGCUCCAUUCUCACCGGUGCCCAGAGCCGCUCCAUUCUAACCGGUCGGGACUCCCUCCGCUACCGCCAGUGCCCUCCCCGGCUGACGCAACUAGUGCAAAGCCGCCGUCAUCCCUCUGCACGACAUGGCGACCCCACCGCUCCAUUCUCGCCCCACCGCCGGUCGGGAGGGUAGGCCACCCCACCGCUCCAUUCUCGCCCACCGCCGGUCGGGCCUCUCUGCCUGUCUCCGGUCGCCACCAGCGCCCGCCUUCCAUUGGACUUGAAUUUUGUAGUUGAUUGCCAAUAGACUGCCAAACAUGGUGAUGUUUCUGGACAAUUUAAGGGUCUUCGUCGUAGCCACGUCACCGAGUGCUUUUAUUGCAUCUAGCUUUGUGAUCAAGAAGAUUGGCCUGAAGAAAGCUGGGGACAUUGUGGUAAGAGCAGGUUGUGCCUCUCUCCUAUAUCUAUUUCAAUGUUUUUUCAUCGCAGACAAGGUUAAAGAUAAAUUUUUAAUAUUUCUACUGCUUUAAUCCAUUAAUGAUUAAUCUACGCUUUUUACCCUCAUGAUUUAUAGGUUCUCGAGGCUACUCAUACUUAUAUGAACCGUUAUAGUGGAUAGGAAUGGUAACUAGUAAUUAUCACUUACACUGAGUUGUUUCUUUAUGUGGUGGCAUUACAGCAAAGGCACUUAGUAGAGAUACUAACCCAAUUUUCUUUUCUUUUUGGGGCAACACCCCACAAAAAAACUGAGUUUUUUUGCCACACAAAUAUCUUGGAAUAGAUGUAUAUUUUUGUAGUUUUUACAUCGGGCAUUAGAUGUCAGGUGAGUAUAGUGUCCGUGCUUGUACCAUUGAGGAGAAGAAGGAUGGAUCACCUCCUUACAAUACUAGAACACAGGAGCCUAGUUUCACUAUAGUUUUAUUUGGAAUGAACAACAUUUUCCAAUGAUAUGAUGUAGGCUUGAAGUAAUGUUUAUCGCUCUUUAUUAUUUCUCGAAGUGAUUUUCGAUGAGGUGGCCAACUUUGCAGCAUAUGCAUUUGCUCCAGCAAUACUUGUUACUCCUCUUCGAGCAUUGAUCAUCAUAUUUAGGUUUUCCACAUGCCAUCCUUCCUAAGCCAUAAUUCUAGUGAACUGAUAACAGAAUGUUUCCUUAAUUCUCUUUCGUUCAUGCAGCGCAGUGCUAGCACACUUCAUUUUGAAUGAGAGGUUGCAUAUGUUUGGCGUGGUUGGUUGUGCAUUGUGUGUUGUUGGUUCAGUUGAUAUAGUGUUGCAUGCCCCAAUGGAAAGAAAGAUUGAUUCAGUUAGCGAAAUAUGGCAACUCGCAACUAAACCAGGUUAUCAGUGUUAAGGUAGUGGACAUUGCCUUAAAGCUCUCAUUUAAUGGAGUGAACCAAUUUAUCUACAUCCAAACUUGUGAUUAUAUGUUGUUUAGUGCAACUGAAUUAUUUAAACAAGGUUGUCGUACAGAUGUUCUUUGGACUACGAUAUUGACAUGAAGACAUUUAUCGUAAUGCCAAAUUUUAUGUAGUAAUGCGAAAUAUUAUGACAUGGAUGUGCUAUGGAUUAUCCUAUAUAUACAUGGAUGUGCUAUGGAUUAUGCUAUA